UACAAAUUUUUUGUUCGAACUGUCAAAAAAUGUCCCUUUGUUAGAGCUACUUACCCGAUAAGAAUUCGUACUCUAAUAAGAAUUCUAUGCGUUAGAGCGAGCAAGUUAGAAACAUCGGAGUUUUGAUGACAGUAUACAUACUGUGAAGAAAUGUCACUUUACGAAAAUUUUUAUGGUAAGAAUACGUAUUUAACAAUUUUAUUUAAUUAUAAUGUAAUUUCUUCUUUUAGAUUGCAAAACAGCAGCUACUUAGUCACAUUCUUAAGAUUUGGGAUUCACCAUCAGCACCUUCAACGCGUGCAUCUUCAUCGCCAGGAGUACCAUCAGAACCUUCUGCCCUCAGCUUCUUCAUCGCCAGGAGCACCACCAGUACCUUCUACCCUCAGCUCCUUCAUCGCCAGGAGCACCAUGAGUACCUUCCGCCCUCAGCACCUUCAACGCCAGGAGCACCUUCAAAGUGUAGGUCCAACUUGUCAAAUUUUGCAAAGUUGUAAGAAAACUUAAUUUUUCUGAACCACCAUAAAUGAUUUGCAACUGUUAAUAU